AUGUCGAGGGCUCGUACCGUGCUGUUCUUGUUCACGCACAAUUUCAACAUGGUGGUAACAUUCCGCGACGCGAGCGAGGCCGACUUGCCCGCCAUCCUCGACAUCUACAACGAGCAAUUCCUCCAUGGCACCGCGACGUUCCACACGGAGCCCCAGACCCUCGCGCAGCGCGCGGACGCAGGUUCUACGCGUACUGUCGGGUGGUGCAACCUCUGGCACUACAAGGAGCGGCCGGCGUACGAUGCGACGGCGGAGUUGUCGUUAUACGUACACGAGAGUCUACGCGGAAAGGGUAUUGGCGCAAAGCUCCUGGAGCGGACCCUCGAGGAGACGAGGAAACAUGGGGAGCGGUUCCAUGUGGUCACAGCGAGUGUCACCACCGAGAACGAGCGGACGAUGAAGUUCUGGGCCGAGCACGGGUUCGAGCUUCGAGGGACGGUCAAGGAGGUGGGACACAAGUUUGGGAGGUGGCUGGACGUAUCGUACUUCCAGCUGACGUUGUGACGGGCACAGAAGGAGAGAUAUGCAUAGCACACACGGGAAGCAGAAUGCAGGAGGACACGAGAGCGGCGUAGGAGGACUGACGUGCUACCGAUCCUUCUUGGACUCUGCGGGCUGCUUUCCCUUCUCCUUCGUCUUUAUGCGCGAUUCUUCUCGGAGAGACUCGAUUAUAUACGCGACGAGUACCACGUUCGCGGCAACUACAGCUGUGAUGGCUGCGAAUAUAGUGUUGCCGUCCCAGAGGUAAUCCCUAGACAGGAAGUAUGAUGAUAUAGGGACAAUUCCGAGGGAAAGAGCAAAUAUCAGCAACUUCCCAAGUACACCUCCCUGUUGCUCAGCUUGCCGCUCAACGAUCUUCGCCGCUGCUACCUGUUCGCUCAUGACCAGCGUGUUCCGAUCACAAGAUUGAAGGAUAGGGUGUGGACUGACUGCACA